AUGUGUCGGGGAACAAAGUCCAGAAUGAGCUGUGGUCACUUCCAUGUCAGCUUCCACGAACGGUGCCACCCUUGGUGCAACGAGCCUCAAGUACAGUUCAUCGGGCAAAAAGACGAGCGAUGCGGCCAUUGUAUCGCGAAGACCCAGGUGGACUCUUCAAGAGCCAGCAGGCUCCAGGAUGCUUGGGAUUCAUAUUGCAACGAUGCGAAGCAGGAGGUGCUUGUGUCUCUCCGGGAAAAGAUCAUCUCCGCCAACCGGGAAAUCAGGGCUCUCAAGGAAGAGUUCCCCGACCUGGACGGUCUAUCAUCUGAACUAGAACGAGUACGAAAGGAACAGUCCGAAACCAUGCGGAUGAUCCACGCACAAAUGGAACGGGCGAAGGAGGAAGGGGCCAUGAAGGAACUGUUGCUCAUGCAAGAAAGGAAGAGUUCUCUCCAAAGGAAGAGGGACUCCGGGCGUUGUGAGAACAGGGCCACGGGGAACCAAUUGCUCGAAUCUCUUGACGGGGAUAUUGAGCGCCUGAAUGAAGAGCAAGUGAUGCUGAUGGAAAGGUCUCCCGAGCUUACCAGGCUCAUCUGGCUGGAUCGGCAACUGGUGCAGCUGGAAUCCAACGAGACAACGCUGUGUUCGCACGACAGUCUAGCAAAGCUAGAUGCUAUCACCAGAAGCCGGGAUGUUUACGUGGCCGACGAGAUCAGACUGACAGAGGAACGGCUAAGCAACCUCAAGUCUAUCGAGGGACGAUUGAGACAUCAGGCAAUGCAAGAAAAGGCAGAGGUCAAGAACGCCCGAUGUGAGGGUCGUGCGGCUGCUCAGAAAGAGUCUGACAGUGAUUUAGUUCAAGUCGAGGAUACUCCCGUCGCAUGUCCCGAGACGCUGUCGCUCACCACCAACACAAAACGCAGUCUUACUACCGUCGUGGCCCCCGAGACCCUAUCAUCUACCACGAGCAGACCAAGCAUUCCAAUACCUCGUUAUUCAUUGCCUGUUUCUUCAUUGCAUCGCCCGUCUAGCUAUAUUUCCAGGCAAUCCAUUAUCGAACAGAACCAGCCUCGUAUUCUGUAUCGAAUUUUCACUCUAGCCACUGAUCCCGCCGAAUGCAGCUCCAGAUGGUCGUUAAGGGCCUCACAACAUUACGGCGAGUAGCCUGCUUGCCGUAUUCUUGGUUUCCUACAAAAAAAGAAAAUCCAAAAAGAAGCAAACAGAAGCAAACCGUCCGUGUUUUUCUAUCCCCCCCCCUGCUGUCUAUUCUCCUCCAAAAACUGCCUCACCUCCUUUACCCUCGUCACCUCCCCCUUCUCCUUUCCCAUGGUAUUCUUCUUCUGGGUAUAAAACUUGACUCUAUCAUGCGCCAGCUUUCCAGCGCGGCGUUUAUCAGUUGGACAGCGCAACAGCGGAAUCAGAACAAUGGCGGAGAGCGUAUCAAAGACUUUCUGGGGCGUCACCCCGUGGCGGGCGGCCACCUCGUCGUACGGGAAGGUUUCCUCGGCCGUUUCGGCAAUGUCGAUGAGCAAGUUUGGAGACGGCUUUUUGCGGAGGGGGAUGGUGAAUUUUGUCUUGUUGGGUGGCUGUUUUUCGGGGGCUGCGGUGGGUGCUUUCAACAAUUGGGGUGGUGGUGGUGGUGGUGGUGGUGGGGGCACUGGUGAUAUUUGCGUCUGCGGUUGAGAGGACGGCUGAAGAGGAGCUUGCUGAAGCCAACGCAUGUGCUCUUGCUGAACUACAGUGCAAUGAAGGCCGGGUGGCUUGCAUGGGCUUUGAUUAUGAAUCGGACUUUGGACAGAGGUUGAGCAACAUGGGCGCCCUGGCGUCGAUUGCGAGCCCGGUGGAAUCAACAUGUGUCGUGGUUGUUGCUCUUGUUUCGGGUUGUGAGGUCGGAAUACUGGUGGACUCUGACUUUGCAUUGGACGUGGAUUCAUCCACGGGUUUAGGCUCGAGUUCAUGUUCAAGUUCAUGUUUUGUUGCCGCAUUGGAACAAGACUUCCCAUAGAGUACAUUGCAAAGGGAAUAGCGUUUGGUCCGAAUGCUGCUUGGUUGAUCAUCUGACUGGACAUGUGUGUGCUGCUAGUGAUGAGAGCGUUGUUAUCUGAUGGUGAAAGCAUCCGACCUGUCUCAUACGCCGGAUUGUUCAUUGCGAU